AUGCUAAGACCUUCUAAUCUAUUUAGAGUAGUUCAAAACUGUAUUUAUCCUUUUAAUCGAAAAUUCGCUGGUUUUGCAGAAGCAAUGGAAAAAGCAAUUGACGAACACAUUGCAAAAGUACGAGAAAAGAAAACAGAAAGAGAUAAAAUAAGGAAAGAAAGAUAUAAUGGAAAAUUCAAGAGACGAGAAUGGGUAGAAGAGUCAGAAGAAGCGAAAAAAGCUCGUUUAGAACAGAAUCCAAUUGACCCAGAAGAUCGUAUCAAGAGAAAGAAGUCUGUAGUUCUCUUAGGAUAUUCAGGUGUCAAUUACUUUGGUAUGCAACGAAAUCCUGAUGUACCAACGAUAGAAGAAGAGCUUUUAAAAGCUAUGCUUAAACAUAAAUGGAUAACUGAAGAAUGGUUUAAACUACCACAACAAGCACAAUUCCAAAGAUGUGCGAGGACAGACAAAGGAGUAUCAGCAACUAGACAAAUUGUAUCUCUUAAAUUGCCUGAAAGCGUUGACAUUGAUGCAAUUAACAAAGAUCUACCAGAAGACAUUAAAAUAUUUUCUGUUAAGAAAGUUACGAAAGGAUUUAAUUCAAAAUCUACUUGUGAUGCUCGCACGUACUCCUACACACUCCCAACUUAUGCUUUCACAGAAGAUGGUGAAGAAUUUGAUGAAUCAAGUUUCCGUUUGUCAUCGGAGCGAUUUGAGAAACUUAACAAGAUUCUCAGUUUGUAUUUGGGGACCAAAAAUUUCCACAACUUCACAAUAAGAAAGCAACCGAUAGAUCCAUCUGCGUUUAGAUGUAUCAUGUCAUUCGAAUGUCAAACGCCGUUUACUCCUGAUAACUCUGAAGUGGAGUUUGCGAGAUUGAAGAUUACUGGUCAAUCUUUUAUGAUGCAUCAGAUAAGAAGAAUGGUUGGUCUUGUCAUCGGCAUUAUGCGAGGAUACGUUGGAACAGACAUCGUUGAAAGAGCUUUUAAGAAAGAAAAACUUCUUGUUCCACAAGCUCCAGGACUUGGUCUUGUAUUGGACACUGUUCAUUACACUCGAUAUGAUGAUCGUUAUGGUUCCGAUGGUAUGCAUGAAGCACUUACAUUCGAAGCAGAGAAUGAUCAAGUAGAGGAAUUCUUCAGAACUAAAAUAAUGUCAACAAUUAUCGAAACUGAACUUCGGGAUAAUUCAAUGAAAAUUUGGAUUGGAAAAAGGCUUCGAGAUCAUUCAUAUGACAAAUACACUGAAAAAGAAGAAAAAGAUUCAAGUGAAAAUGAAGGUAACGAAAGUGAAUGA